ACCACCACGAGGCUGCAGCAAAAACAGCAACCGCUGAUUGAAUGGGUGAGGAGGGCAACAAUAUCAGGUGUCGCAAUGGAAGCGACUGCGUGAGGCAAGCAACAAAUAUGGAAGUUGCAACAAAUAUGGUCGAGGAGUACAACGACGAAGAAGAAGAAGAGGUAGAAGAGGAGGACGAUGACGAGGCGGAGGAAGAGGAGAAAGAGGAGAAGGAGGAGGAGGAGGAGGAUGACAAAGAAGAAGAAGAGGAGGAGGACGAAGAAGAAGAGAAGGGAGGAGGAGGAGAAGGACUAGGAGGAGGAGGAGGAGAUGGAGGAGGAGGAGAAGAGGAGGAGGAGGAGGAGGAGGAGGAUGAAGAAGAAGAAGAGGAGGACGACGACGACGAAGAAGAAGAGAAGGAUGAAGAAGAGGAGGAGGAGGAGGAUGAAGAAGAAGAGGACGAAGACGAGGAGGAGGACGAGGAUGGAGAUGAAGGAGGAGAAGAGGAGGAGGAGGAGGAGGAGGAGGAGGAGGAGGAUAACGAAGAAGAAGAAGAGGAGGACGAUGACGACGAAGAAGAAGAGAAGGACAAGGAGGAGGAGGACGACGAGGAGGAGGAGGAUGAAGAAGAAGACGAGGACAAGGACAAGGAGGAGGAGGAAGACAGCGAUGGAGAUGAAGAAGAGGAGGAGGGGGAGGACGAGGAGGAGAAGGACAACGGCGGCGAUGGACGGCGCCGACGAGGAGGAGGUGAAGGACUAGGAGGAGGAGGAGGAGGAGGAGAUGGAGGAGGAGAAGAUAAUGAUGAUGAUGAUGAGGAGGAGGAGGAGGACGAAGAAGAAGAAGAAGAUGAUGGCGAGGAAGAAGAAGAAGAAGAAAACGGUGAAGAGGAGGAGGGGCGGUGCAAGUUGGAGAGAAUGCUUGAUUAAAAAAAAAAAAAAAAAAAAAGGGCGGUAGGAACGGUGGAAGUCCGACUUCCACUGUUCCUCCCACCCUCCUUUUUUUUAUAUCAAUCAAUCAAUCAAUCUUUCAAAUCGAAUCCAAUCAAUAUGGAUUGGAUCU